ACGAGCGCACUUUCACACGUCCAUCGCUUCCAUAAUGUUUGUAAAGGACAUGUAAAGGUCCAUACUAAACAGCUUACGGCAAGAGUUUCCCUGCCGCACUGCGGACUGUUUGUCGACACACGAUUUAAGUAUUUGUGUUAGUCAGGAUGCUCCGUAAGAGUACAAAUCUGAGCUACUUUCUGGACCUUGUCCCGGGUAAACGUGUUCUAGGGACAUACAGGUUCCUUCCUGUCUUUUUUUGCAUCGGAGGCGUCAUGGAGUGGAUCAUGAUCAACGUGAGGAUAGGAAGAGAGACUUUUUAUGAUGUCUACCGAAGGAAAAAGUCAGAACGCGAGUACCAGCAGAACAUAACAGAUGGUUUGAUAGUUCACAGUGAGCCUGCAGCCAAGUGAACGAUGGUUGGAUUUACUGUGGACUUCACUUGUGUCGUCUAAGGACAAAUUCUUGGACUCCUACUCCCUUCCUUGUUUCCAACAGGCUGGAAUGGACGUCAUAGCAUGUUACUGAGUUACAACAUCUGUAUCACAGUCAUGAAUGUUAUUAAGGAGUCGAGAGUGAAAGGCUGAUGGAAAAAUCACUUCCAGCAUGCAGGAUUUAUUGUUAAUAUGGUAUUCAGUUUAAGAAACAUGAGCAGUAAUAAUAUUACUGGUGUGAAAUCCAGUGAAAAAAUCUCAACACUGGCCUUAUAUUGAUUUUACAGAGUCUACGUUGAUGUGGAAUGUUAAAAACAUCUGCCAAGACAAAACAGUCUCAGCCAAAUUGUUACAAAAGAAAAAAAUACAAAGGUUCUUUGUGUUUGGACAUCUUGGAUGAUUUUGCACAGGUGUGUUUAAUACUGGUGGAUAGCAUUUGAUAAGACACAAAAUGUAAUUGUACGAUUUCUAUAAGAGGCCUGAAAUAUACAGUGAAUUUGAGAAUAUAAAAUGUAAUGUAAUAACUAUAUUUUGCAAAUGUUAUUUGUAUUAGCUGUGUAUCUGCAUCCUUCAUUUUACACAAUACUUCCCCUCCAAGGUUUAUCUCUGACAAGUGCAUGCUUUUGGUAUCUCAGUUGUACCAUCCGAUAGGGAGGGAGUGCAGACAGAUGAAGCUGUUAGGGUGCUUGGACAGCAUGACGGGGUUCCCAUCCAGUCUCACCUCGUCCAUGUUGGUCCGGAUGUAGUAGCUGGUGUUUCCUUUGCAGAACGUCUCAUCUGUUAUUGAUAAGAUCUUGUUGUUCUACGGAACAGACACAGGAGACCAAUCUAAGGACACAAAAUUGGCCUGUCGUGUAGCCCUGUACCACUGGCUCAGCAGACAGAAAUCUGAUUGCUUCUACGGAGCUUCUCUGAUUAAUUGUUAUGAUUGCGGUGAAUUACAGAUGAACUCACAUGCAGGUGCACAACAUGAAGUGACUCUGGAAGUUGGGGCACUGCUGUCAGUUCAUUGUUUCCGAGGUAAAGAUAUGCCAGUCUUGUAAGUUUCUGCAACAACAACAACAAAAAAACACUAUUUAGAAUUAGGCUGCCUGUUGUAUCAAACAUCUAAAAACAUGCAAAGUACAUAACAUCUGCAACAUUUAAAAUGAGAUCGACUGUCUUGCUUGCCAACUUACUUUAAAAGCAGUUGCCUUCACACCCUGGGUUCUAAGCUUGUUGAAAUUUGCAUUCAAUGAUACUAGUGUGGUGGGAAGAAUGGGAAGUUUAGUUAGUCUGUUUUCUGCAAGAAUGAGCUCCUCGAGAUUGGGAAGCUUUGAAAAAGCUCCAUCGUCUAUCUCAGCGAUGAGAUUCCCACUUAGGUCAAUUCUUCUUAAUGUGGCUGUUUAUAAAAAAAAAGCAGAGGGAGAGCUUGAAGACAGCAUUCUUUAUAGUUAUUAUUCAUUAUAGUUGACCAUUAUACUGACUUUUAUUUACCCAUGUCUGCAAAGUCUCUGUUGCUUAUUUUUGUGAUUUUGUUGAAACGUGCAUAGAGAUAUGCGGUUUCCUUUGGCAGUGCGGGCACAGUCGACAUUUCAGGGGACACCUCCUCACAGUAAACCGAUCCACUCAGGCAAACGCACAGCAGACAUGUCGGCAGCUCUGAAAAGAUCACAGUGUUGUUUCAUCACCUUGUUUUUAUAGAAAGACAUUUAAAUUUUUUCCUUGUUUGUCUUUGGGAUGCGACUGUGCAGUUUAAAAUGCGCUACACACAGUUUAGAUGAGGACACUUGAUCAGCCUCAUUAUUACAUAAUAUGUGUUUUAGCGACAUUCACAAAAACGUGGAAAAAUGCCUCAGCACGUGUUGCAUAAUAGCCUCUGAAACAGUUGUUGAAAACUGUCUGUUAAAAUAAACCUCACCAUCGGCUUUAGGAGCUACUGCUGGGUCAGUGUCCCGGUCUUGAGGGGUAGCAUAGUCUGGAAAGUUUACAAUGUCUUUCUGUAAAAAAAGAAAAAAAUCUUAAUAGCUAUACUUUCCCUCCCAACUCAAGACUAUUAUGCAUUUCUUCCACCCGCUCAUUUACACACUGUAUAAACCCCCAAAAGAUAUUUUUACCUUUGGUUUUCUUACUUCCAUGUAUUCAUCUUUUGCCGCAGAAGACAGUAUCCAUGGGAGCAUAACAGACGUCAAAAUUAAAGUCCGUAAUUGCAUCAUCGUGUGUUGCUGGUGAGAGAGCAGAGUACUGUCUGCAAGGCUGGGAUCUGAGGUACAUCAGGAGUAUCAGGUUCAAACCCGUGCAGUGACAAACAUCUGGACUGCUAAAAUGUCCUUUAGCAAAACCCUGAUGCCC